AUGACGGUCCUGCAUAGGCAAGAUGGGAGUAUUUUCAUACAUCAAACUAAUAUUCAUAAAGAAGUGAUAGAUUUCUAUGGCAAUAUAAUGGGUAAGGUUUCUAGCAAUUUGAAGCAUGUUAAUAUUGAAGUCAUGAGAAGUGGUAGACAGCUUAACAUGGAACGAAGAGAAUAUUUAGUGGGCAAAGUUACUGAUGAAGAAAUAGUCAAAGCUUUACAGAGGAUUGGUGAUCUAGAAGCUCCAAAAAUUGAUGGUUAUGGAGUUAAGUUAUUCAAGACAAGUUGGCAUAUUAUAAAGAGUGAUGUCACUGCUGCAAUCCAGGAAUCUUUUUGA